AUGUAUCAGGAGAUCAAAGUUGCUCUGAAUUUCAUCACCUCCCACCUGCACAACAAGCUUCCAUGGAGGCGGGUGGUUCAGUUUAGUGACGAAUUAGAGCAGCUACUAAAGGAAAAAUAUGAAGGCCACUGGUACCCAGAGAAGCCUCUGAAGGGUUCCGCCUACCGCUGUAUUUAUAUUGGGGAAACAGUGGACCCUGUGGUGGAACUGGCGGCCAGGAGAAGUGGAUUGACUAUAGAGGAUGUGUGGGCCAAUAUUCCUAAGGAAUUGCGCGUCUGGAUUGAUCCAUUUGAAGUCUCCUACCAAAUCGGGGAGGAAGGGUCUGUCGAGGCCGUGUGUUUAGAGAACAGUAAGGGUGGCCGUGUAGCCGAAUUGAGCAAAGAGGUCACGAGUGGCUUCAACCCUGACGCCCAGGUGUUUGUCCCCACGGGAAGCCAGGACAACUCCUUGUCGAGUUCCCCAUCUUCAUCUUCUGACCAGUCUCCUAGCCCUACCUUCACCACCGCCAUUUUUGCUGCCAAGUGUGCUUCAACUAAAAUGAAGAAAAACAGCAGAAGGCUGAGUUGGGGUAUUGUUCACCCUGCAAAAUAA